UUCCUACCUCCAUGUUUACUUCACAUGUUGGAGAUUGCACAUUUAGUUUUGCAUUAUUUGUAUUUAGAUGUUUUGAAUAUUAGUGCAUAAUUUAUGCUGUUUAUCUAUUUAUUACUAUAGUUUUGUAUUAGAGGAACAUUAAGUGAACUGGUUAAGCUUUAACCACUGAAUUACUGAAUCAGAAUGUCUGGAGGAACUCGGCUGGAAAAUGCAAAUCCUUUAAUAUUUGAGAGAUCAGGAGAAAGAGAGCUCACUGCCAGCGACCAGGAUGAACAAGUUACUGAUCCUAUUGAUGACAGAGAAAUCUUCGAUCAUAUCAGAUGUAUUAAUGAUCCUGAGCACCCGCUGUCCCUCGAGGAGUUAAAUGUUUUAGAGCUAAUGCGAGUACAGGUGAAUGAUGAAGAAAGCACAGUCUCUGUGGAGUUCACACCGACCAUCCCGCACUGCAGCAUGGCUACUCUUAUAGGCCUGUCAAUCAAAGUUAAGCUGCUGCGUUCACUGCCCAGCAGGUUUAAGAUUGACGUCCAUAUCACCCCAGGAACACAUGCUUCAGAGGAUGCAGUCAAUAAGCAGCUGGCGGAUAAGGAGCGAGUGGCCGCAGCUUUGGAGAAUUCUCACCUGCUGGAGGUUGUGAACCAGUGCCUUUCCACAAGGGCUGUGUGAUCCGAUCGUUCGUCGUUAUGAGUCUUUGCUGAGAACAUGCUUCUGUCGACUUGUACGCUUGCUACACUGGACGCUCCGCUUCAUCUGAAGAAAGUGCACGCAGAAUAGCUUGUUAAGCUGUAAUAUUGUGGGUACAGGCUUAAAGACGAUUUGAAGUCUGAGGGAAGUUGGGGGGGAAUGCCUUGUGAAUGUCAAGUCAUAUAUGCAGUAAAAUUAAAUACUUUUUGCAGGAAAAUAAUUGUUCAUUUGCUGUAGCUGUAGCUUAAACCCCUGUAGAGAUGAAAUUAAGUGUGCUGCUGUGUCAUUUGCUUUGCAGCUCAGUGUUAAACUUUUAAUAAUUGGAAAUUAUGUAAGAAGUAAAUACGUUUAUUGAAAACAUCUUAUUAAUAGCUGAGUCAUAUAGUAGGCAUAUUUACUUUUGAAGAUUUAAUGAGUUCACUGAAGUUGAUGAUUGAGUUUUGCUUGUUUAAUAAAUAAAAUAUCUCCUGCAUUAAACACAAAGGUUUUUGAAAGUCUGUGAUUUAGCCUCACUUGCUUUUGACCAGUUUGUAUUUAGUCUGAACAUUGACUGUGACAUUAUCAGAAGCAAUUCAAAUCAUUAAAUCGUGUAUAUUAAAAUAUUUGUAACAAUUGAUAUGACAGUUCUGUAUGUUACACUUCCACUUAUAACGCCUGUGCCACCUUUUUAUUGUUCAGUGUUAAUAUUUCCAGUUAUUGCAUUCAGAACAUUUCUGUUUAUU